UCAAAGCUCACAGAACCAGUCUGCGCGAUGUUGUCACAUGAAUUUCAUCAGGUGAACGAAAUCCUUCAGACAAUUAUCAAUGGAUUACCCUGAGGCAGUCACACCGAAGGGUCGAAAUAGUGCGGAUUUAUUUAAUUGCAAAAUCGAACACCUGAUGGUGAACGUUAUGAGGGCCUCGAGUGCGUCAGGGUCGAGCUUGUAAAGCCCUCAGAGAGUUGCCAAGAACUGGGUCAGUUUCAGUUCCAGGGUCGGGGGUUGGAGGACACUGUAAUGGACGAAUCGUCGUGGUAAUGAUGCCGAAGAAUGUGAUGUGUUUUGAAUGCUCGGACAUUAGUCUGUCCGGUUGCACGUGAAAAUAUGGGAAGUGGAGGGGUUGCCGAGCUACCGACGAUAUUCCAUCCACGUCGAUCACGUGCACCGAGUAUCAUUCUCAGCGAUGAGAGAAGUGAGCAUGGGACCUUCAACAGUCCCCUCGCGGGGGGACAGGAGACUUCAGGGGGAUGUGAGCAACAGGGUUGUAGUGUUCUUCCUGGCGGUGGAGAUUCUGCAUCAAGUUGCCGGUCCCUCGACACCGGGGGAAGUUGUGCUGGUAGCGGCGGUGGCCCCGGCUCCGGCGGGGGUGGUCAUGGAGGUCAAGGACACAAUCCCUCAUGCGUUAGCACCAGUGGACCCGCGGUUUCUUAUCAAACACGAAGGCACUCGUUAUCACGAUGCUACAAUUCGUGCUGCGCUGAGUCAGCCAAGAAAAUAUAUUUUGGUGUGUGCGUAACAAUAUGCGUGACUGCAUCCUGGGUAGGUGCAACUCACUUCAUGAAAUAUUUAUACUACUACAAACCAGAAAUAACGAGUUAUUCAUCAUCAGUAAAUUCGUCAGUUAGUGGACUGCAUCAUCAGCCCCUCAUUCUCCCCUACAAUGCACCUUUCUUCACCACCUGGUUCUGCACGAAUUUCGCUGUUCUAUAUUUUCCCAUCUACUUUAUCUGCAGAAUUGUCAAGACAAAGUGCUCAAAUCCAACGGAAAUUAUUGCCGAGAGCUUGCGAGGGUUUCGGGACAAGGGCUUUACGGGGGGACGAUUUCUCACAAGAUGUAGUUUAUUCUGCAUACUGUGGGUUGCCACUAAUUACAUGUACAUUCAUUCAUUAAGGAUUCUAUUAGCUACCGAUGUUAUGGCAUUAUUUGCCACCAACGUUUCCUGUGUUUAUCUUCUCUCUUGGGUUAUACUUCAUGAACAAUUUGUUGGAGUCAGGAUUGUUGCUGUGAUUUUAUGCGAUACUGGUAUCGCUCUGCUGGCUUAUAUGGACGGAAUAACGGGUAGUCCGACUCUUGGGGGAGUUGUCCUAGCUGCCUCGGCUGCUGCAGGUUCAGCAGUGUACAAGGUGUUGUUUAAGAAAGUAAUUGGAGAAACGACAUUCGGUCAGGUGUCUCUAUUUUUCUCUCUAAUUGGUCUCUGCAACGCCGCGUUAUUAUGGCCGGUCUGUCUGGCCCUCUAUUUUUCUGGUGCUGAGAGCCUCCACUGGGCCCGACUGCCCUGGGCAGCUCUUCUAUGCGGCAGUAUACUUCAUUUAGUGGCGAAUAUGCUGGGAAAUUUCAGCGUCGCCCUGACAUAUGACUUGUUCAUUACAUUGGGCCUUAUAACAGCUGUUCCAGUCUCUGCUGCCCUCGAUGUUGUCCUGUACGGCGCUCACUUCGUAGGAAUGAAACUUGCCGGUAUGAUAUUAAUAGCGGUCGGUUUUUUCCUCGUUAUGUUCCCUGACAACUGGCCCGACUACAUCACUCGUCUACUUCGUACAAGUCCGCAGCAGCACGGCUGCACCGGGGUUGGUGUGAGUAGGAGUCGAAGGCUAUCGUUCCAGCAGCGUCCUUUUCGUCGGAACUACGGAGUAACGUCUAGCCACGGUGAUGGACAAACCCUCCUUCCAAACUCCGCAAACAACCAGAAUAAUUCGCUCCAUCGCCAUAAUGCCAACAACUCCUCAUCCUCUGAAACCCCGCUACAUCGCGUUCCCACCUCAACCUCAACCACUACCAACAAUCAUCAUCGCUCCAACAGUGUGACACAGUCUGAACAAGAUGGAGCCGACGACACCGGCACGGUCUGUCAGGUGGAAUCGCGCGCGAUGUAAUUGAUUAUCGUACUGGUUACAUUAAAUCACACCUGCGCUCGCCAUCGGGUAGAGUUCGGUGACUAGAUCUAGUGGCAGAUGGAGAUACAAAAUCACCAAGACCCGAGGAAGCCCGCGGCAGGAGAUAAUUAUGUGAUGUGUUCGAAGAGGCGUUGAGAAUCAGAUGAACAUUCGUUUUAGAAAUAGAAAUUAUACGAGACAGGGUUUUAAAAACUUGAGUUUUAUCGAUUUACGAAUAGAUUAUUAAUCGUAAUUUAAAUAGCAUUGUAAUUGAAUUUAUUGGCAAAUGAGAUUUUCGAUUUGAAGAUCCCACACUCUCGUCAUUCAUGACUCAAUUUAUAAGGACUCCUUGCAUCAUUCGACACCUACAAAUGUGACUUUCCUUCGAUGAAAACAAAUCAGGUAAUUAAGGAAUACAGAUUGUUUAUAAUUUAAUGUUCACGAUGAAUCGCGCAAAUGAGUACAGGUUUGGUCAACACCCUUUAUAACAUUGAAUUUGGUAUUUGUAUCGUACAGUUAUUAAUAUCUAGGGGUUAAAUCAACGUUCUAUCUGACCAAAUGAAUACAUUGUAGAUGAACUAUCAAUUGAGUAUGAAUAAAAUGUGAUGUUUCGA